AAUGUAAUCUAACUAUUCUCCCCUUUACAAAAUCAAGGUUACAUUAGGACCUUAUAUUGUUUAUAAUUGUCGAGUUGUUGUACCAUCAGAAAUAUACUUGGCCUAUAAUACUGAUUUGGAUAGGAAAUGUUGUGUUAAAAUUAUUGAGAAAAAAGAAGAAAGUAAUAUAGAAAAGAUUGUUCAUUAAUAAAUAUAAUUAAUAGUUCAUUAAAAUAUAACAAGAAUCUAUAGUGUAAUAGAAUAGAAGAAUCAUAUUUAUAUUUUUUAAGAAAUUUGUGAAAAGGAUCUUUCAAAAUACUAAUUAGAUCCAUCCAACUUUAUUCAAAUGUUAGAUUUCAUUUAUUAAAUCUCAGAUGGAUAUAUAACUUUAUAAAAAAAUUAUAUUAUUCAUAGAGAUUUAAAACCUGAAAAUAUUCUAAUUAAAGAAGAUUUAAAAUAAAAUAGAUGUAUUUACAAAGUAUUUUAUAUAAUCUAAGAGCAAGAUUUGUGAUUUUGGAAUAAGCAAAAUAGAAUAAAACUAGAGAUAAUAAACGCAUAUAAAAAAGGGAACAGAAGCUUAUUCAGCCCCAGAAAUUAGUCAAUAUUAAUAUAGCUGGGCUGCUGACGCUUAUUCAGUAAUUAAAAUAUUUAUUUAUAGUUUGGUUUAAUUCUCUUAGAAAUCCUUUUAUAAAUAACUUUAAAUGAAAGUUUAAAAAAAUAAAUAGAUUCUUUCCUAGAAUAAAACAGGUUAAAAUAAUGGUUCUUAUAACAUGAUAAUGUUAAAAGCUAAUUUAAAAAACUUAUCAUAUUGGAUUAAUUAAAUGAUAGUUUUAAGAUUAAUCCAUUUCUAUUGGAAAUUUUGGAUAAUCUACUUGUCUAUCAACCAGAAAAAAGAAUAUAAUGGGAACAACUAAAUAUCUUGGUUAAACAUUAAUUAAAACAAUUACUUAAAAAUCCUAGUGUAUAAAACUUAAAACCUAAAAAUAUUCAAGAAUAAUGUUUACCAGCUGUUUAAUUAGGUGUUUAAAAUCAAUUAACAUCAGAAAAUAGUAGAUUAUGUUACUCGUUAGUCACUUAAUGCAAUUAGCCUCAACAAUAACAAUAUUACAACAAUUAGGGAAUGAAUUAAAUUUCAAAUCCACAAAUUAAUAAUGUUCAAAAUAUCUAAUAAGGAAGUCAACAUCAAUUUCAUAAUAAUAAAAUCCCUUAACAAGUAUAAUAACCGAAUGUUUAAAUAUUUUAGGUAGUGACGCCCAGACUAAAUGGUAAUUUAAAUCCUGGAUUAAAUAUUCAAAGGCAAAGUGUUGCUCCGAUCUUAUAAAUUAAUUAGCCUGGGAACCCAUAAGCACAAUAGAGAAAAAAUUGAUU